AAAAAUAGAAUCCGAUUCGGUCAACUGAGUCUUUCGGGCGAACAAGUGGAAACUUCUUCUCCAUCUUUAAGAACUCUUCCUCACUGAUCUACAAUUAAGAAUCUCUCAAUGCCCAUAUCCUCAUCCCUUAGGUUGCUGAACAAACCCAAAAGGAGAUUUGAGUUUUGGAUCGUUGUCUCCGGGGACCACUAGAAGUUGAUCGGUUGCGUUGCAGGGCUGGGUUGGGUUCUGUUUUUGUUCAACAUCUUGAUUAAUUUCUUUGUAUUUUUCCUCCAUAUUCUCGGCAAGCAAGCUCCAGAGUUCUGAUUUUGGGGGACUGAAAGCGCUUUUUGGGCUGAGGAGAGAGGAUGGCUUUGGAACUUAUUGGAGGGACAGUCGUGGAAACACUGAUCGGAGAAUUGAUAAAAGCGAUUUUAGAUGAGGGGAAAAAGGCAGCUGAGUUCCAGGCCAUCUUCGAUCGCCUCCAAUCCACGCUCAUCUCCAUAGGUCCAACGAUCCAAGAGAUUGAAAGGUUAAACAAAGAGUCGGAUCGUUCAAAGGAAACAGAGCAGUUGGUCCAAAUGUUAAAAGAUGGGAAGGAGCUUAUUCAAAAGUGUUCCAAGGUCACAUGGUGGCACUAUCAUAAGAAGUGGAAGUACAGCAAUAAACUUCUGGACCUAGAUGAGUCUCUUCUUCGUUUCUUUCAGGUGGAUAUGGCAGUGCAGGGAUUCAGGGACAUCAAGGAGAUUAAGUUGGGUCAGAGAGAUCCAUACCAUUUGAAAUUGGGUCCAUGCCAGGCUCCUGAUCCCCCUCCUCUUACAGUUGGACUGGAUAUACCCCUGCAAGAGUUGAAGAUGCGGCUGUUUAGGGAUGAUGCAUCGGUGAUUGUGGUUUCAGCUCCCGGAGGAUGUGGGAAGACCACCUUAGCUAAAAUGCUUUGUCAUGAUCAUCAAGUUAAAGAAAAAUUCAAGAACAACAUCUUCUAUGUUACCGUAUCAAAAGCCUUCAACCUGAAUGCCAUUGUACAGAGUCUAUUUCAACAUAAUGGUCAUGGGGUUCGAGUUUUUCAAAAUGAUGAAGAUGCAGUCAACCAAUUGGAACGACUACUGAACAAAAUAGCACCAGCUCCUAUACUUCUGGUUCUAGAUGAUGUUUGGAGUGGAUCAGAAUCCCUUCUUGACAAUUUUGUGUUUAAAAUACCAAAUUACAAGAUUCUGGUUACAUCAAGAUUUAAAUUUCCAAGAUUUGGUUCUACCUAUAAGUUGCCAUUGCUGAAGGAUGAAGAUGCCAUGACUCUUUUUCGUAGCUCAGCAUUCCAGCAAGAUGGGAGGUCUUAUAUGCCUGAUGAAGACCUUGUGGAAAAGAUUGUGAAAGGCUGCAAGGGAUUUCCCCUGGCCCUCAGAGUCGUUGGUAGAUCACUAUGUGGCCAGCCUGCAGAGGCAUGGGAAAGUAGACUGCUGACAUGGUCAGAGGGCCAAUCCAUUUUCAGUUCAGAUAGUGAUCUACUUCUUUGCCUCCAAAGUAGCUUAGAUGCCUUGGCUGACAAGGGUAUACUGAAGGAGUGUUUUAUGGACUUGGGCUCAUUUCCUGAAGACCAAAAAAUUCCUGCCACUGCUCUUAUAGAUAUGUGGGCAGAACUGUACAAACUCCAUACAGGUGGUGUCUUUGCCAUUAAUAACCUCCAAGAACUCUCCUUCCGGAAUCUGCUUAGUCUUGUAGAUGCAAGGAAAGAUGAAAGUGAUGUUGAUGGCUGCUACAAUGACACCUAUGUCAUGCUGCAUGAUCUUCUCAGAGAGCUAGCUAUUUAUCAAAGCAGCCAGGAACCCAUAGAACAGAGGAAAAGACUAAUUGUGGACUUAUCUGGAGACAAAGUUCCUAACUGGUGGACACAAGACAACCAACAACCCUUUGGGGCUCGCCUUUUGUCUAUCUCCACAGAUGAACUGUUCUCCUCAAGCUGGUGCAACAUACAAACACCUGAACUGGAGGUCCUAAUACUGAACUUCCAGUCAAAGGAAAACUACACAUUACCAGAGUUCAUGAAGCAAAUGGAGAAACUGAAGGUUCUAGUACUAACAAAUAAUGGCCCCAGCCCUGUCCAACUGAUUAAUUUUUCAGUGCUGGGCUCUUUACCCAGUCUAAAGCGAAUCAGGUUCGAGCAGGUUCGAAUUCCUCCCCUUUGCAACACCACAGCAGAAUUCAAGAACUUGGAGAAAAUAUCCUUGGUUAUGUGUAAAAUCAGUGAGGCUCUCAGCAACCGUAGCAUUCAGAUUUCAAACAUGUUUCCAAAUCUUGUGGAGCUCAAUAUUGAUUACUGCAAUGACUUGGUGGAAUUACUUGAGGGGCUUUGUGAUUUAGUGGAACUAAAGAAGCUUAGCAUCAGCAACUGUCCAAAGCUAUCUGCUCUACCCAAAGGAAUAGGGAAGCUGGGAAAUUUGGAAGUGCUAAGGCUCCGAGACUGCGUGAAACUGUCAGGAUUGCCGGACUCAAUUGGAAGGCUCCAUAAGUUGAGCGUACUUGAUAUUAGCGGUUGUCUGCAAAUAAAGGAAAUACCAAAACAAAUGGGAGAGUUAUGUAAUUUGAGAAAGAUCCACAUGAGAGAGUGCUGGAGCUUGUGCAGGAGCGAGUUGCCAGCAUCAGUGAUGAAUCUGGUGGGUUUGAAGAAGGUAAUCUGCGACACAGAAACUGCCAAGCUGUGGGAACCUUUUGAGUACCAUCUCAAGAACUUGAGGAUAUCAGUGCCAGAAGAGAAUAUCAACUUGAACUGGCUUUGAAGUCUUUCAUUUCUGCGUCUCCAAAGUGGCGUAAGCACUGCUGUUUUCCAUUCCAUGCUCUCUUGCUCUUCGUGUGAAACAUGUAACAUUAUAGAAUGCCUUUUAGCGUAAUCCAAAAUCUUUUAUUUAUUUAUUUAUUAGAACUCCAUCUUGUUGGAAUUUUUUAUGCGUGUGGACUUAUAUAAUCAAUGUGAUAAUGUCAUAAAUUAAUGUUAUUUUAUUUUUA